AUACUUUUCGGUCUUCUUACUCUGCCUUGAGUAGAUACCUCCAGAGGGGCUGCCUGACCCAAGUGGGGGUGCCUUGGGAACCCAGGGUCUGCUGCAUGUGAUGAAGGUAUCUACUCUCAGGGAAAGCACAGCCAUGGCUUCCCCACCACCCAGGGAAAUGGAGGAGGAGCUGGUGCCUGCUGGUUCUGAGCCAGGAGACCCUCGGGCCAAACCCCCAGUCAAGCCCAAGCCCCGGGCCCUGCCUGCCAAGCCAGCCCUGCCUGCCAAGCCCAGCCUGUUGGUGCCUGUUGGGCCUCGGCCUCCCCGGGGUCCCCUGGCUGAGCUGCCUUCUGCCCGGAAGAUGAACAUGCUGGCGGGACCCCAGCCCUAUGGUGGCAGCAAGCGUCCCCUUCCAUUUGCACCAAGGCCUACAGCUGAGGCCUCUGCUGGAGUAGAAGCCACCCAAGAGUCUGGGAAAGAUGAGACUGGGAAAGAGGAGCUGCCGCCUUUAACACCCCCAGCUCGAUGUGCUGCCCCAGGGGGUGUGCGGAAAGCCCCUGCCCCCUUCCGUCCAGCCUCAGAGAGGUUUGCAGCCACCACGGUGGAAGAGAUACUGGCCAAGAUGGAGCAGCCACGGAAAGAGGUCCCUGCCAGCCCUGACCGCCUCUGGGGCUCCCGCCUCACGUUUAACCAUGAUGGCAGCUCACGUUAUGGCCCCAGGACCUAUGGUGUGAUCACUGGUCCCAGAGAAGAUGAUGACAAGACUCUUGCCAGGAGAUGGUCCCAGGAAGGGCCAGCAAAAUCUCCAGUAGAAUGCCAGGAAGAACACAGCAAGACUGCUAAGGAGAGGAACCCCCCUUCCAGCCUGGCUAUCAACGGGGACCUGGCUAAGCUGGCCAGCUCUGAGCCACCUACCAAUGUUUCCGAGCCCUGGGUCCCCUCAAGUCCAGGUCCCACCUCAGGGCCUGGAGGCUCUGCCAGCCCAGACCUCUCCCCUGAAGUGUCUGGGCCAGCCCCUGGGUCUCCCCAGCUUCACUCACCUGAUGAGAGCUCUCCCUGCCAUUGUCAACUUCCAGAAGCCCAGAGUCCUGCAGCUUCUGAGGCUUCUUCCUGCCUCCCUGUGACUCCAGCAUCUUUCUGUGCAGCCCUGCCUGAUGAGGGCACCUGUCAUCCCCCUAGCCCCGUACUUCCUGCUGAGGUAGCCCCAGAGUCUCCCAGACCCAGCAGCCCUCCCCUGGAGAAGGUCUCCAGAUGCCACAGCCCAGAGCAACCCCCAGCCACCUCACCCCGGCCCUUGAUAGAGGGGUAUGAGUUGCUGGAUCUUGCUCGGACGUUUCCAUCUGGGGAGGAGGCAGCAGCCAAGAGAGACACAGACCCCUCCCCCAGCAGUCUGGCUCAGCGCCGGUUCUCUGAAGGUGUGCUCCGGCCACCCAGCCGGGACCAGGAGAAGCUUGGGGGCUCGUUGGCUGCCCUGCCCCAAACCCAGGGAAGCCAGUCAGCCCUGGAUCGUCCCUUUGGGAGUGGGGCAGAGUCCAACUGGAGCUUGUCACAAUCAUUUGAGUGGACCUUCCCCACGCGGCCAUCAGGUCUGGGUGUAUGGCGACUGGAUUCCCCACCUCCCUCCCCUAUUACAGAAGCCAGUGAGGCUGCAGAGGCUGCUGAGGCUAGCAAUUGUGCUGUGUCUGAUCAGGAAGAAGGAGUGUCCCAGAAGGGACAAGGGGCUCAGUCGGCUCCAGGGGGCCCCGGAAGGCCUAGUUCCUGGGUGCAGGGGGAUGACCCAUGCAUCUCCCCACUCCAGAAGGAUGAUGGAGAGAGUCAGCCUCAGUCUCCAGCUCUUACUUGUGAGUCCCCAUCUACAACUGAGUUCCCUCCAGGAACACCCCUACUGCAGGCAGAGGAAAGGCAUCAGGACCAGGAGCCACUGUCUGAACCAGAAUGCCCCCUCCCUCUGGCCACCAGGGAGGCAGCUCUGCCCAUAUUGGAGCCAGUAGUGGGGCAGCAGCAGCCAGCACCCCCUGACCAGCCCUGUGUUCUCUUUGCUGAUGCCCCUGACCCUGGGCAGGCAUUGCCUGCUGAGGAGGAGGCGGUGAUCCUAGUCCAGGCUGAGACCACCCAACCCAAGACAGAGGCUGAAGACUGCUGUAGGACAUCCCCACAACCUGCAGUCCCUGACAGCAGCUCUCGCUGGCUGGAUGAACUCCUGGCUUCACCACCACCCAGUGGUGGCAGUGCAAGGCGGGGAGCUGGAUCUGAGCUAAAGGAUGCAUCAUCCCCAAGUACCUGCUCUGAGGGACUUCUUGGCUGGGCCCAGAAAGAUCUGCAGAGUGAAUUUGGAAUUGCAGCAGACCCACAUCCUGGCAGUUUCAGUCCUUCCAGCUGGCGCCAAGAUGCUUCUCAGGACUAUGAUCUUGGGGGCACAAGCCCUCUUGGAGAGCCAGGCCUUGGGGAGAGGGACUGGACCAGCAAGUAUGGCCAAGGAGCUGGGGAAGGGAGCAGAAAGGAGUGGGCCAGCAGGUAUGGCCGUGGCCAGGAAGGGAGAGAAGGCAGCAGCAGCCAAGACUGGAGUGAAGUAUCUGCCCCAGGGGGGCUCAUGGCCCAUGAGCGGGUAGUUGGAAAGCCAGCCCAGCUGGGCUCUCAGAGCCAGGAGACUGGUGUGCAGGAAUGGGAGUUCAGAAAGAGGGAUUCCCAGGGCACUUACUCCAGCCGGGAUGCAGAGCUCCAGGACCAGGAAUUCGGAAAGAGAGGUUCGCGGGGUCCUUACAGCAGUGGAGACGCAAGCCUUCAGGACUGGGAAUUUGGGAAGAGAGAUUCUCUAGGCUCCUACGCCAGCCAGGAUGCAGAGGAGCAGGGCCGAGAAUCAGGGAUGCAGGACCACCAUGGUGGCUAUGGCAGUCAGGAUGCUGAGGAGCAGGACCGGGAGUUUGAGAAGAGAGACUCUUCACUUGGCACCUACAGCAGCCGGGCUGCAUCACAGCAGGACGAGGAGUUUGGGAAGAGCUCAUGGAUGAGGGACUACAGCAGCAGCAGUGGCUCUGGGGCUGUCAGUGCACAGGACAGAGGCUUUGGACCGCGAGCUCUGAGUUCUGGGUUCAGCCCUGAGGAUGCCCAGCAGCAGGAUGAGGAGUUUGAGAAGAAGAUGCUGAGUGGGGAAGAUAGCCUGGGUGAGACCAGCAGGGAUGCAGGCCGGCCAGAAGAAGGAGAGUCAGGAGGCCUGUUCAGCCCCAGCAUCCCCCAUUUGCAAGAUGGGGCCCUCAGGCAGAGAGACGAGGGUAACUGGCAGGGCAGUAACACGAAUCAGGAUGUUGGAGGGCUGCAGGGGAGGCCACUGGCAGGGGCUCAGAGCCCUGUUGAUACUGACCUGGAAGAAGGGGAGCUAGGGAAGCAAGGCUGGGAUGGGGAGUUCAGCCUUAGUGUUGUCCGUCAGCCAGAGGCAGCAUUUAGCCCAAGGCGGCAAGACUGGAGUGAGGACUUGUGCAUUGAGGCCACUGAGAGGAGUUAUCAGUUUGGUGUCAUCAGCACGGACAGAGUGAGCAGUGCUUCCAGUAAGAUGGGAGGUGGUCACUUUGUGCCUCCUGGAGAGACCACGGCUGGGGCCGUGGACUGGACUGACCAGCUGGGUCUCAGGAACUUGGAAGUAUCUAGCUGUGUGAGGUCUAGGGGCUCGAGUGAGGCCAGAGAGAAUGCUGUGGGACAGAUGGACUGGUCAGACAGCCUGGGCUUGAGAGACAGGGACCUGGCCAGCCGUUUGGAAACUAGAGGGUCUGAAGAGCCCAGAGGAUUGGGAGCUGGGGAGAAGGACUGGAUUUCUGAUGUUGGGGUGAGGAGUAGAGAUUUGGCUGGGGCUGGGGAGGUGAGAGGCCACAGUCAGGCUAGAGAGAGUGGUGUGGGACAACCUGACUGGUCAAGUGUGGAGGCAGGAGAGUUCCUUAAAUCAAGGGAACGUGGAGUUGGACAGGCAGACUGGACACCUGAUCUCAGACUGAGAAACAUGGCCCCAGGGGCAAGUUGCAGCCCUGGAGAGCCCAGAGAGCUUGGGGUGGGUCAGGUGGACUGGGGCGACAAUCUAGGUCUAAGGAAUUUGGAGGUGUCCUGUGACCUGGAGUCUGGAGGUUCUCGGGGCUGUGGAGUGGGGCAGAUGGACUGGGCCCAGGACCUGGGGCUUCGGAACAUGGAGCUCUCUGGGGCCCCAAGUGAAGCAAGGGAGCAUGGAGUAGGAGAGAUGUACCCUCGCCUGGAGCUAAGCCCUAGGAACAAUGGUGGUUUGUCCCCUGGUUUGGAGGUCGGAGACCCCCUGGAGGCCAGGGAGCUAGGGGUUGGGGAGACAAGUGGGCCAGAGACACUGGGUGAAGACAACUCCUCACCUUCCUUUGAGACCUUCCCUGAAGACCCUGGAAUGGAGACAGGAGAAGCCCCAGGCUUUGGAGCCAGGACCUUCCCUUGGCUGCUCUGCCCUUCCCAGGAACGGGUUUGGGACCUAUCUUUUCAGACGUGGUGGGGACCCAUUGCUACCUCUUCCUCACCAUACUUCCUGACCCUUAAACUGGCUUCAAGCUCUAGCAGGUGUCUGGCCCGCUCCCCGCCCUCUGGCUCCCAUUGCCUAUUAGAGGGGAUGCUGGCAGCCAGCAGCUCUAAAACUACGGCUCGAAGGGCAUCAGCGGCCUCAGGCCUCAGGGUCCUGUUGGAGGAGGAAGGAGUCACAGCAGGUGCUGACCAAGGGGAGCCCCUGGAGCCUCUGCCUUCGAGGGACCCUAUGCCCUCCUGUAGGCCCCAGCCUGAUGGUGAAGCCAGCCGGACAGAAGAGGUGGAUGGCAGCUGGGGCCCAGCUAUGGCCAGGCGGGGCGAGCAGGGGCCUACUCCAACCCCUCAGCGGCCCCCACAAGGCCCUCCCCCCAGCUGCCCCAGUCAGGACUUCUCCUUCAUCGAGGACACUGAGAUCCUUGACAGUGCCAUGUAUCGGAGCCGUGCCAACUUGGGGCGCAAGCGUGGGCACCGGGCCCCGGCUAUCCGGCCUGGGGGUACCCUGGGCCUGUCAGAGGCGGCAGACUCAGAUGCACGUCUAUUCCAAGAUUCUACAGAGCCACGGGCUUCUCGGGUGCCAUCUUCAGAUGAGGAGGUAGUGGAAGAGCCUCAGAGCCGUCGGACACGGAUGUCUUUGGGACUAAAAGUCAAUCUCUUUCCUGGCCUGAGCCCUUCAGCCCUGAAGGCCAAGCUGCGCUCCCGGAACCGUUCAGCUGAGGAGGGGGAGCAGGUGGAGAGUAAAUCAAGCCAGAAGGAGUCCUCAGUCCAGCGUUCCAAGUCCUGCAAGGUCCCAGGGCUGGGGAAGCCCCUCACAUUACCUCCCAAGCCAGAGAAAUCCUCAGGGUCAGAAGGAUCAUCGCCCAACUGGCUGCAAGCUCUGAAGCUGAAGAAGAAGAAGGUCUGAGAAGUCAUGGAGGUUCUUCCCAUCUGGCAGUCUCAGGCAGCGCCUGUUCUAUGGGGUCCUGAGCAAGGAGAUGGCUGGAGCCCCACCAAGGCCCAGGCUGCAGCCUCCAUCUCCCUCCACCACUGAGGAGUGUCUGGGAGGCACAUUUAUGCACUUUGUAUCACCUUCCUAACUUUCUUCCACAUCUCCCUCCCAACCUGGAUUCCAUCACUAGUGGUUGAAGGUUUUGGUCCUUCCUUUGUUUUCUUCCUUCCCUCCUCUCUGCUUCCUCCUCCAGCCUCCCUUGGGUUUUCUUUUGAUACCAAUUUAUAGCAUUUUUUAUAAAAGCCUUUGAUUUUUGUAAUGGGCGGAGCCCUAUCCAAGCCCCACCUCAGAUUUUCUUCCGCCCCGCCAGGUGCCCCACAGAGACCAAUGACGUUUUGCCACUUGAAACAAUGAAUAAAGUUUUUUGGGAAUUGGU